AUGGGCGAGAUCCGGAGGCGGGGCUCCAAGGACCCUUUGGUGAAAGCCGUCUUACUCCUGGAUGAGCCAGCGGACCCCGGCAACAAGGGAGAUCUCGCCGUCAAGCGCCAAGCGGUCAAACCCCCUCAGCUUUACGACACCCCCUAUGAGCCGUCGAAGGUGGGGGGUCCCCAACCGGACGCCUGGUUGCCCGAGAACGAUGAACGGCCGCCGGCUGAGUACGAACAGCCCUGGGAGUGGAAAAAGGACCAAAUUGUGAAAGCUCUUUCAGUCCAGUUUGAGAGCUCAGAGCGAGCAGCAGCAGCAUCCAAAGAAGAAGCUCAGGUGCCGCCCCGGCAGCAGCAUCGCCGCCAGAGAAGCUGGCCCUCCAAGAUGGUGAAGCCCACGGGGACGGCAGACCCUGGCGCCGAUGGGGAGCACGUGGAUCCCGCCUUAGCCCUGGAGAAACAGCCGUGGUUUCACGGGGCCAUCACACGAGCCGAGGCCGAGAACCGGUUGCAGCUCAGCAAGGAAGCCGGAUACUUGGUGCGGACCAGCGAGACGGGCACCAGCAAGUACUCCAUUGCGCUGAAGACCAGCCAGGGCUGCGUCCACAUCAUCGUCGCCCAGACGAAGGAUCACAAAUACACCCUCGACCAGACGGGCGGACUCUUCGACAGCGUCCCCGAGGUGGUGCGCUACUACUCCGCCGAGAAACUGCCCUUCAAAGGAGCCGAGCACAUGACCCUCCGGCACCCCGUUCCCAGCCCUGGCAAGACCCACUAGCCCCACGCGUCAGAACUGGCCGGAGGAACGGGGCAGGGGUGUGCGUCGGUAGCCAUGUUCGGCCCCCAGAGCAACCAGGGACCAUAACAGUCCCCCAGCUCGCAUUACCCAAAAUACUAAAUUUGCCUCUAACCUCUUUCCUUCCUUGUCACAGAGCUGUUUCGUGCAAUGCAAUUCUCUUCCAGGUAAUUUUGCUCCGACAGCCGUUCAUAUGAAGAAGAGGAAGAGGAAGAAGAGGAGGAGGAGUUUGGAUUUAUAUCCCCCCUUUCUCUCCUGCAAGGAGACUCAAAGGGGCUUACAAUCUCCUUUCCCUUC